CUGGGAAAAAAAAAAAAAAAAAAAAGCACGACGGCGGCCACCAUCGGUCGGGAGAUCAUUUUAGAGGAACGUUGUUUACCAUUCGGCCAUCUCGUUUUUACUCUUUCCUCGUCUCACUCUCGCUGUCUGUGUGUUAGCCUUGUAGUCAAAGAAACCAGCUUAAGCAAAUAUGACUCAAGAUGUUGAGAUGAAAGAGCUGGCAGCUCCCUCCAAUUCCGUCGCGUCGUCUUCUCCUUCCACUUUGCAGCAUUUGAAGGAGAUUGCAUCACUGAUAGAGACUGGUGCUUAUGCUCGGGAAGUGCGGAGAAUUGUGCGUGCUGUGAGGCUUACGGUGGCCCUAAGGCGGAAGCUGAAGCCCUCAGUGCUCUCUGCGUUCCUCAACUUUCUACUUACUCCAGGAUCCGAGGUUCACAGCCGACUGUCUUCAUAUCUACCUAAGGAAGAUGAACAUGACAUGGAAGUUGAUACCGCAACUUCUGCAAGUCAAGCUUCUGCAAAGCACUCUCUGCCAGAGCUAGAGAUUUAUUGCUACUUGCUUGUCCUGAUAUUUCUGAUAGAUCAAAAAAGAUACAAUGAAGCUAAAGCUUGUUCCGCAGCAAGCAUUGCUCGGCUGAAGAAUGUGAAUAGGCGAACUGUUGAUGUUUUAGCAGCUAGGCUUUACUUUUACUACUCACUCAGCUAUGAGCUUACAGGUGAUCUUGCAGAAAUUAGAGGUAACCUUCUUGCCCUGCAUCGAAUUGCAACGCUACGCCAUGAUGAACUGGGGCAGGAAACACUUCUCAAUCUACUACUACGCAAUUAUCUCCAUUAUAAUUUGUAUGAUCAAGCAGAGAAACUGAGGUCAAAAGCACCUCGAUUUGAAGCUCACUCAAAUCAACAGUUUUGUCGGUACCUUUUUUAUUUGGGGAAGAUCAGGACAAUUCAGUUGGAGUACACAGAUGCCAGAGAGUCACUCCUUCAAGCUGCUCGAAAAGCCCCUGCUGCUGCUCUUGGCUUCCGAGUUCAAUGCAACAAAUGGGCAAUCAUUGUCCGACUGCUGCUUGGAGAAAUUCCUGAGAGGACUCUAUUUAUGCAGAAAGGCAUGGAGAAGGCUUUGAGGCCCUACUUUGAGUUGACCAAUGCUGUGCGAAUUGGGGAUUUGGGGCUUUUCAGAUCUGUUGCUGAGAAGUUCUCAACUACAUUUAGUGCAGAUCGGACCAAUAACUUGAUUGUUAGGCUGCGGCAUAAUGUCAUCAGGACUGGUUUACGCAACAUCAGCAUCUCUUAUUCUCGUAUCUCAUUGGCUGAUGUUGCCAAGAAGCUGAGAUUAGACUCUGCUAAUCCCGUUGCUGAUGCUGAGAGUAUUGUAGCCAAGGCAAUCCGAGAUGAUGCAAUUGACGCAACAAUAGAUCAUGCAAAUGGAUGGAUGUUAUCGAAGGAAACUGGUGACAUUUACUCUACAAAUGAGCCUCAAAUUGCAUUUAAUUCAAGGAUUGCUUUCUGCCUCAAUAUGCACAAUGAAGCAGUUCGUGCACUUCGGUUUCCACCAAAUUCUCACAAAGAAAAAGAAAGUGCAGAUAAAAGGAGGGAAAGACAACAACAGGAACAGGAGCUUGCGAAGCACAUUGCUGAGGAAGAUGAUGAUGAAUUCUGAUUUAUUAGAGUACAAGGAACACUUAUUGCAUUGUGGGAAUUUCUUUAUCAUGCUCUACAUUUUUCCUAAGAAAUUUCUUACCAAAAUGUCUCUGCUCUUAUUGACUUCCACAUACUGAGAGGAUUUGUGUUCUUUUGUCAAAUCUAAGCAAUACCUUGCUACUGCUUUGAAUUUCAUACUCGUAGGCUCCUCAUAUUGUUAAGUUCUUCCUUUAAUGAAGCACCGUUUGAAUUUUAAACAA